GACUGAAUUGCUUUUUGGUUGUUGAUCUCCCUGGGUUGCAUAUAUGGCUUAAUAGUUACAGUUUUCGAGAUUCGUGAAAGUUUUGGGCUUUUGUGCCUGUAGACACUGCAAUCCAUGGUAUUCUGAAUUCCAUGGAUACAUCUUCCGUUCAGUCUCCUCCGUCAGUCGAAGAAAAUGAAUGGGACACUGAAGGGUAUGUUAUACCAAGCUUGGAAGGAGACUUGAGUAAGCCUGAUGUUCCAGAAGUUAAUGACUUGAAACUUUUUCCCAAGAUUGGGCAGGACAAGAAGGAAGAAGAAAAGAUCUACUUGGGACCACACGGUGCUCCUCCUUCACAAGCAAAGCAGCAAGAGUUGAACGCAACUGGGCGGAAGCAGCGAUUUAAGCAGAAGUUGAAGGAAGCAGAGAGGAAGUACACAGGAUCAGGGCGGGAGAAUAAGAUGGAUAGCCUGCAAGAACUUGUUGGUGGCAGCAAAGUAAAUGUUAGCACGUCAAAGAGUUCCUCAACAGAAUGGCUUGAUCCACAUUGCCAUGAGUCUCAGUUUGAGAGGUCUUAUUAGGUCUGAUUCUCAUCAAUAAGUUGGGUCUAUUGUACUAACUUGAGAUUAAAGUCUCAAGUUUCUGGGCUGAUUACUAUAAAUGAGCUCUUGCGCGUGUCAGGUAGAUUCAUAUAGAGAUUAUGUAUACAGGUGCUGUUAAAAUUGCCCAUCUAUUCAGAGAACCAUUUAUUGUUCGUAA